AGGGAGGACUUCGGAUCUCUAUUCUCUCUGCCACCCAGAUGCGUUCCUUGCUGGACCGUAACAAGAACAAGAAGAGCUCUGCUGCGGGGCUGGAUGUGGCAUUGGGGCUGGUCCCCCAGCAGCAGCAGCCCAGGAUGUUCAGCUGUGUGUCCGGCUUCUGGGUGCUGCUCUCCGCCUGCCUGGUGGCUGUCUGCAGCUUCAGCUUCCUCUCCCCGGCUUGGAUCGUCAGAUCGGCCGAUUAUGACAGGCUGGAACCGAUCAGCUUCGGGCUCCUGUGGCACUGCUCGGAGAGUAUGGACCACAUGCCGAGCUGCUACACCUUCGGAGGACUGGGCAGGUUUAAUGAUAUCCCUUCCAGCUCAUGGCAGACAAGUGCCGUGCUGUGUUCUGGAGGGUGUGCUCUCCUGGUUAUGAGCUGUCUGCUAGCCAUCGUGACCUUGUUUCUUCCCAGCGGCUUGUGUGAAAGACGGCUGUGUACGCUCGCAGGAUACAUGCAGACAGCGGCAGUGUUUAUCAUGGCUUCCGGUCUUUUGGUGUACCCCUUUGGCCUCAACUCUAUGACUGUGAAGAAAUACUGUGAGAACUCAAGUAUAUACUAUGCAGGAGACUGUCAUAUCGGAUGGGGCUACAUGCUUGCAAUUGUUGGGGUCAUGUUAUCUGUAUUUUUGCCAUUUUUCGCUAAAUAUGCAUCAAGAGAACAUAUAUCUCCGACCCCAAUUCCUACAAUUUUAUAGUAUUUUAUUACUGCUGGAAUAAAAGAGCAAAAAUAAAUAAAAUUCUGUCUAGAGAGGGUGGACAGAAGGUAUUAUAGCACUUCUUUGCAGCUGUGCAGCUUAACAUAUAGGCCACAUCGAAUAUUGCAUUCAUCGUCUUCCUGAAGCAUGAUUAAAAUAAGAGCCUUGAAUCAAGUUUCAUUACACGGCAGUGAUUUUCUUAGGUUUCCUACUCCUUCCUUUAUACUCUAUGCUAGUUAUUUUAUAUCUUACUACCUCCUAAAAAAACUAAUUUUACAUUGAAUACAAAUUCUGUAUUGGAAGUCAGAUUUGUUGUUUUAAAACAAUUGUUACGCUGUAUUAAUUUUUAAAAAUGGCCACCCAGUCUAAGUUCCAUCUGGCUGCCUGGUACAUCAAUUACAUUAUUAUAGGCGUAGUGCAAUGCCAGACUGUCUCAAACCUCUCGUGAUGUUCCAUAUCCAUACCCUUUAUUGGGUGUAGGGAGCUCAGCUCAGGCCCCAUCCAGUCCCAAGGUUUUAGGAACGACUACACCCCCUGUGUCUGUGGUAGUUUCUGUUCAAGCUGCCAGCAACCUAUCCAUAAUGAAGGCACUGAAAACUAGUACUGUAACAUCAUAGUGGAGCAAAAGUGGAAUAGUUACUCUCACAAAUUAGUCUGUUUCCUAUUCAAAUGAAGGAAUCUGGCUGCCCCAUUGUGGUCAAGUUUUGU